AUGUCAUCACGGCAGCCUGGUGUGCAGGGCGCCAUGGCGGCUGUGAUGCGACGGAUGCGGGUGCGGCGCGCUCCUCCACUUCGGCCCGCGGCAACGGCAAUGUCUGGUCCAUCAGUGUUUGUUUCGCCUGUUGUCAAGAGCAUUCAUGCGCGGAUGUUGCCCUCCUCAUCCCCGUUGCCAUUAUCCCGAUCGGCAUCACCAUCACCAGAAGCUGUGCCGUGGAGUUCACCGGCAGAGUUCCCAGACUUAUCGUGCACGCUGCGCUCAUUUCUUCAGCAAAUGCAUGUGGCAUCUCCACCGGCCGUUUGUGCUGCAAAUCCAGUAGAAUCAAUGACAGAGGUACCCAGUGGAGGGUCACACAUCUCCACACGAGACCUAUUGCUUCAAUACAAUCCGACAUUGGACUCCACUAUAGUUCAGCGUGUAGCCGGCGCAGUUGAUAUUGAGGGGGCGUUACAGCGUGCCCGACACUUGCUGCAUGCUAUUCGAGAUGGUGGUGACCUCUACAAAAUGCUUGCUGCACUACGGGAGUCGCAGCCAACACCUCCUAUGAUGCAGGAGGUGGAACUGGAAGCAGGCAUUGCGGCAAAGUUGUGUCAAGGUAAAGAUGGUCACCGGUCAUGGCGGCUGCGUGGCUUCCGGCUACAUACCAGUGACGUUCAGGUGGCUGAAGUGCUCCCCAACGGGAAGAUAGUCUCAUUUACGGAUCCAACAUUGCCGAAUUCAGCCGCUGUUAGUCGUUGUUGUGAAUCAGCGAGAGUAGAUCAGCAGUAUUUACAUUUUGUGCUUUACAAGGAAGGAUUGUCGCUUCGUGAAGCAUUCACUUUGUUGGGUGGAGCUUGUGGGGUGACAUGUCAGGUAGAGGAUUUCGCAGUGAAUGUUGCACUGGAAGAGUCUGCUGUCACGGUGCAGCUGUGCAGUCUCCGCGUAUCAUUCCCUGCCGAUUUGCCGCCCAAGGAGCAACGAGCGGCCGUAUUGGGGAAUUUGCUGCAGGUGAACUUGAAGCCUCUCCGGCUUAGCGUGCAGGUGUUGCAUUGGCGAUCCUUCCCGUGCAACCCCUUCAAUAGCUAUAGAUGCAGGAUGCAGUACAGCAUGCUGGUGAGAGGCAUCACCGCUGGCACCACCACCAAUCAGAGCCGUUUGGAGGGGAAGGUGCUAGCGAAGCUCGCGGCGUUCCCGAAUUACUUUGGACCCCGCCAUUUUGGGCCAAUGCCUCCGCAGUGUCCGUUUCGCACAUACCACGCGAUGGCGGCGUGGGAACGUAACAUGCCGGCGGAGGCGCUUGUGAUUGCAGCAAGUUUGAGUGACACCGCAACAGCUAUGAUGGCAGAUAGUUGGGUGGGACAGUUGGUGGGGCUACUUCGCCGAGGUGAAGACCGCCCUGCCAUUCUGCGGGAGUGGUAUCACCUCCACGUUCCGUGUGGAUUGAGGGCACAAAUAGCAACAAGCAAAGCUGCUUUAGUGUGGAAUGUUCUCGCCAGCUGUCGCAUCCGUGAGCUGGGAGAAAAUGUGCUGGUUGAGGGCUCCCCUGAGCCUGGGGACUUUGCGAUGGAAAGUGAUAGUAACAACAUCCUUCCCAGUGGAAUGGUGGCGAAGCCGGAGCUUUUUCUUGAAACCGGUUUCACCGAUGUGAACACAACAUCUAUUGUAAAGAAUCAUGAUGAUGUUAGGGGAAGUGGGAGGGGCAGGGGCAUGGAGGGCCUCCAGGGCAUGGCGGCCAUCUUCACAAGAGAGGAGGCGGCGCGGUAUUCGCUUCGUGACAUUGUUAUUCCCUUUAAUGUAAGGGGAAAUGAAGUCAUGGAGCAGCUUGCACUCCUCCUGGGGUUUCAGUCUUCCUCUGGUAAAUUUGAGAAUCACCUGUGGUGCGAGGAGGUGCGGUGUCUUCCCCUGUUCGUGACGGGCAGCGGUUACCCCCGCGCAGCCCGUCCAUGGGUGAAGGCCUUACCAGAGCCAUGCGGAGUGGUUGGUGGGGAGAGUGAAGAUGCAUUCUAUAAAUUGCUUACAGAUAUGGAACUGCGGCAGCGGACAAGCUAUACAGCGACUUCGCGUGGUCAACGCCGUGGUGUGUGGCCUGUUGGCAAGUAUGGCUAUCGGCUUGCAGAACGAUUACCGGCUGGUGCGGUGUCACUUACCGCGUCGGAUAUGGCGCAAAACGGUACCAAGUGUCUUGCUCUUAACUUUUGUUUACCUGCACAUGCAUAUAGUAUGGCAUUUUUUCGGGAACUCAUGGUGAUAGAAGACCACACUGCCUCCUCAUCGAGAGUUCCUAGCGAACUCCGCCUUGUUGAUGCUCAUCGCCGUUCGGAAGGCGAGGAGAACGGUACGAUUGAAAAGGCGUCAGCUGCCCUUUCUGAUGGUGAUGUUGUGGCAGAUGGCAACCUUAUGGAUAGGCGCCGAUGA